AGGUCCGUGGUGCUCUUUAGUUUUGGUUCUUGAAUUUCCCUAGCAGUCAAUAUGAACAAGUUCGGAGAUUUGAAAUCUGAUGGUGGCUUGAAGUCACUUAACACACACUUGGCGGACCAUAGCUACAUUGAUGGAUUUGAACCGUCGGAAAGCGAUGUAACUGCGUUGAAGACCAUAGGUAAAGCCCCUGCCGAUGUGAAAUUCCCGAAUGUUGCUCGUUGGUUCCGACACAUCUCUAGUUUCUCUGAUGCUGAGCGUGUGGUUUUCAACAAAUCCGGCGCUGGUGAUGCUCCAAAGGCGACCGCUGCUCCCGCCGAUGAUGAUGACGAUGUCGAUCUCUUCGGAUCUGAAGAUGAGGAAGAGAGCGCCGAGGCACAGAAGCUUCGCGAUGAACGCUUGAAGGCCUAUGAAGCGAAGAAGUCCAAGAAACCCGUAUUAAUUGCGAAAUCCAGUGUACUCCUUGACGUGAAGCCAUGGGACGACGAAACGGAUUUGAAGGACAUGGAGGAGAAGGUUCGCUCUAUCGAAAUGGAGGGCUUGAUUUGGGGAGCUGCAAAACUCGUACCUGUGGGCUAUGGAAUCCAAAAGUUGCAGAUUAUGUGUGUUAUUGAAGACGAUAAGGUCUCCGUGGACGAGCUCACAGAGAAGAUCCAGGACUUCGAAGAUUUUGUCCAAUCUCUUUUGUCUCUGUACGAGAUAAAACCUCCGAUUUCCAAAGCCAAAAUGAUGUCGGUUACGAAAUCUGCUUUGAAAGCCAACAAGAUGUACAAGCACGUUGUACAAAGCGUUGAGAAAUUCAUCCAAAGGUGUAAGCCCGAAUACAAGAUCCCUGGUCUCUACGUGAUAGACUCCAUCGUCCGCCAAUCUCGGCAUCAGUUUGGCGACCGAGAUACUUUUGCUCCCCGUUUUUCGCGGAACAUCAAGGAAACUUUCGUUCAUCUCUUCAAAUGCACUGCUGAAGAAAAGAGCAAAAUUAUACGUGUCCUGAAUCUCUGGCAACAUCAUAAGGUCUUUCCCGCCGAUAUAAUUCAACCGUUGAUUGAUCUUGCGGACUCGGAGCAUCCAUUUCAUGAAGAGGUGGAGACGAAACUGUUGAAGAAACAGCAAGAGAAACAACAGCAGAAGCUUCAGCAGGGAUUCAAAGGAAAUGAUCCUUCGAAUGCUGGGAUAACUAUACGCCGAGACUUGUAUGGAGCAUCUGAGAAUGGAGGCGUACAGGAUAUGGAAUUGGAAGUGGAGCCGAUGAUGGGAGAGAAUUCGCAGUCUGGAAGUACAGAAAGCGACAGUUUGCUGUGUAUGCGGCAAAUUCAAGCCAUUCGGGAUCUGAUCGGACAGAGUGGUGUUGACUACGGCGCUUCACCUAAGAAGAGAACACCACUAGCGGAUGGACGAACUGUGGCGCUCAACGGAAGCCUGUUGGAUUUGGGCUUUGAUUAUGAUUCCCCGGAUGAGGACGCCCGGAGUCGCCAUGGGCACCAGUCGACGGUCCAGCAACAGCACGCCGUGCAGCACGAGCACCAGCGGAUGGCGCGCGGGUCGCCCGCUGUCGCCGCCGCCGCCGUCAGGGACGCCAACGGAGGGGCCGCUGCUGCUGCUGCUGCGGCGGCGCCCGUGCCCCAAAGCGUCACGCCCAGUGUCACCGACACUCUGUCCCAAAUUCUCGCCGAUCCGGAGCUCUUGAUGCGACUCCAAGCCCUCAAGGCGCCGCAACUGGACUUCCAUCAGGUCCAAGUUGCCGCCCAACAGCAACAACAACAGCAGACACAACUCAUGGACGAAGACUUGCGUGAUCGGUCUGCGCAACCCGUGCGUUUCGGGUGGCGUGAGAAACACAAAUCCACACCUGCUCCUCCUCUGCCCAAUCCGUCUCCAUUGAUCUUUCCUGGGCUGCCCUUUGAACACGACCGCGACUUCGACGCCCGUCAACAAUUCUCGUUCCCGCCACCCAACGUGGGUAAUCCGCCGCCGUCUCAGCAACAGUCGGAGCAUGAUGAAAUAGUUAUCUUGGACGACGAUGAUGAUGAUAGGAGGGGACGAGGACGACGGAGGUCGUCUCCGAAGAGGCGGUCGAGGAGUAGGAGUAGAGAAGGAAGGAGACGGCGACGACGGUCCAGAAGUAGAUCGAGGUCGGGGAGUCGAUCGAAGGAAAGGAGGAGGAAAACGAGAAGGAGUCGAUCCAAGGACGUGGAUGAUGAGAAUGAGGACAGGGAACGUGAGAGAAGGAAAAAGGGUCUUCCGCCGAUCAAGAGCGGGCAUUUAUCAAUUUGCAGUACAACGCUGUGGAUAGGCCAUUUGUCAAAACUUGUUCACGAAGCUGAAUUGAGUGACGUUUUCGGAACUUUUGGCGAAAUUACGUCGAUUGACUUGAUUUCUCCAAGAGGCUGCGCUUUCGUUUGCAUGCUACGACGACAAGACGCGUAUCGGGCCAUGACGAAAUUGAAGGACGCGCUUAUUGGCGGAAAGAAUAUCACGAUUGCCUGGGCUCCCGGAAAAGGUGUGAAGGAUCGAGAAUUGAAAGAUUUCUGGGAAGGCGACUUGGGAGUGAGUUAUAUCCCGUAUGGCAAGUUAACGCCGAAUAUCACGUUGCAUAUUCUGGAAGACGGAGGAACAGCGGACGAAGAAACGAUACCUGAUCAUUUACGAGAGCAACUAAUGAGGAAACCGGUCCCUGUUGUGCCUAUCGCGAUACCCAUGCCAAUCAUGGACCCGCAAAGCUCCCUUUCAAAUUCCCCUCAAGUCAUACCACCACCGCCACCCGUGCAACCUCCGCUUCCACCGGCGCCUCCGAAGGAGCCCGGGCCUCUCCUACCACCGUUGCCUCCGCCUCCAAUGCCCACGGCUAACAUGCCACCGGGAUUGCUUGGCUUGGCACCAGGAAUCCUGGGCGGACCCGGUGCUCCGCCUGGGUUGUCCAUGAUGAGCUUCAUCGGCGGACCUCCUCCUGGCAUGAUGCCGCCUCCAGGGAUGCUGAUGGCCCCGCCAGGAAUGCGACCUGGACUAUUGCCGCCGCCGGGACAAUUUAUGGGUUUCCUGCCGGGCUUGGGACCCCCGGUUGGCCCGCCGAACGAUGGCCUAUUGCCAGUGGCCCCGUUGAUGCCGCCUCCCGGCGAAGAAGACGACGGAGAGCAUCUUUGGGAGCGAGACCGGAAUCGUGAGCGCCAAAACGUAGAGAAGGAAGAUGUCGAAGAGUUUUUCGAAAGAGAUCGUUCCCGAGAAUUCAGGCGGAAUUUCGGGCGUGACAACGGUUGGCGAAACAAUGAUCGAAUGGUCGAACGACGAGAUAAUAGGGACAGGGAUCGAGACAGAGACCGAGAUCGAUCGCGAGACAGAGACAGAGAUCGAGGUGGUCGGGAUCGUGACAGACGUGGAAGAGACAGAGAUGCGGGAGGCAAUAGUGGUGGUACUGGCACUGGUACAGGUAAUUGGGAGAAGGAGGGAAGAAGACCGAGGCGAGAAGGACGUAGGUCGAGAUUUGACAGUCCGGGACCUGAUGACAAACGAUAUUUGCGUCGGGGAGGAGAUGCCGAUCCAGAAUUGCCAGUUGCCAAAGGCAUUCUUGGCGAUGCUCCUCCGAUCCCGGAAGAGAUGAGGGAACCCCCCAAGGUGCCGAUUAUUCCACUUGCAGAAUUGGAUGGACCACCUCCAUGGCUGUUGAUGCCUGAUGGGCCUUUUGGAGGACCGGGCAUCUUCCCGGAUGAAGAACCCCCGGCACCUGGUGGUUGGGGUGGAGGAGGCGGUGGAUUUGGUGGCAAUAGCUUCCAGCCUUUUGGACGUGGUAGAGGUCGUGGGUUCCGUGGUAGAGGUCGUGGCGGUCCCCCACCUCCGUGGGCACAUCCAAUGGGUUUUGAAGGAUUGCCCCCACCUCGACAUCUGAUGGAUGAAGAUCCGUUUCCCCGUCGAGGCAAUCGCAGAAGUGGGCCUGACGAUCGCGGGAGCGGCGGCGGCGGUGGUAGGGGAGGCCGAGGCGGUCGCGGACGUAAUAGUUGGUCCCGCAGCAGCGGUGGCAAUCGCAACAGCCGCAGUCCGAACGAAUUGGAGUUCCAGCCGUGGACCUCACCGGGGUCCAUGGCCAAUCAAGAACGCCAGGACAGAGAACACUACGAAAGAGAACGCGAAGAUGACAGGAAGGCAGAAGAAGCAGCAGCGAUUCAAUGCUCAGGGAGAGAGCCGUUUGCGAGCAAUGAAGGUGUGAAAAACUUCGGCGAAGUAGAUGAAGCAGCGAAGGACGCAUCAGAAAGUGGUGGUUUCGAGCAAGAAAUCGGCAGCGACUUUGGGAAAGAGAUGGGCGGCGAUUUUGGGCAAGAAAGCGAAGGCGGAGGCAACGACGGCUUCAGAAAAGACAGUGGUGGUGGCGACGGCGAAGACAACUUCAGGCAAGGCACGGGCGAUGAUUUCAGGCCAGACAUGGGCAGUGAUUUCAGGCAAGACACGGGCGAUGAUUUCAGGCCAGACACGGGCAGUGAUUUCAGGCAAAACACGGGCGAUGAUUUCAGGCCAGACACGGGCGAUGAUUUCAGGCCAGACACGGGAAUUGAUUUCAGGCAAGACGCGGGCGAUGAUUUCAGGCCAGACACGGGCAGUGAUUUCAGGCAAGACACGGGCAGUGAUUUCAGACAAGAGAUCGGUGGUGAUUUCGAACGCGUUGAAGAAGCCCCGAUGAUCGGAAAGGAUGUGGAAUGCGAACCGUCUAUCGUUGGUGUCGAAACUGUCGAUGCCCCUGCUGCUGCUGCUGUCGUAGCAAGUUUCUGCAUGUUCAAAACUGUGAUCAACUUAGUUCUCUUUGCUACUUUUGUUGGCGUGAACGGAAACGAGAAAACUUGGAGGGAUUCUUCUCGUUUCGACGAUGCGAAUGCGUGGCAAAAUGGAGUCUUCCCCGAAUCCGGAGACACAUUGAUUUUGCCAUCUUGGGAAGCAGUUUUCUGGCCUCAAAAUCUGCUUGUGAACGUGGACGUAGUUUUCCCUUCCACAGGCGCAGUCGUGUUGACCCCAGGUUCAAUGCAAGUUUUCUCCUUGGGAUCUCCUUUGACAAGCAGCAGCAGCAAUGACGGCAGAGUUCACAACGUCUUGAAAAGAUUUCCUGAGAGGCGAAGAACGGAGCAGACGGAUGACUGGUUUGAUCCUAUGAAUUGGGGUUACGGGUUUGAGUUCGAAGGAGCUGUUGCAGGAUUGAAUCCCGUGCCAGAGGCGAAUAGGGUUCCUUGCGCUGGAGACAUGAUCAAGUUUCCUGGGAAUGCGACGUUUCGGGUGAAUGUUUCCGAGGAUGUGAGAGUGGGAGCUGUAAAACUUGGAGCUGGGGAUCUUUUUGGGACAUCUGAUAAAUUUGCUGACUACAGGAACACGCAGCUGGGGUUGCUGCAAAUUCAAGGCCCAGGAAAAAUCUUGUUGAAAACGUGCCGAGAUCCCGUCAGCCAGCAGGAGUGCACGUGCCAAAAUGCUCGCCCUGAAAUUCUGCAAAAAAUAUGCCGUUACGUUUCUUCCUCGGUGUGUGAAGCGUACAGUCAAUAUUGCACGGAUCCGGUGCGACCAGUUGGAAGUUGUUGUCCUGUUUGCGGAUCUAUCGUGACUGGAGCUUUGAGUAUCACUGCAACUCAGAACUGGGACUUGACUGUGGAGAGGAUUGAGAGGAUCCGGAAUGUUGAGCUUGCGAAUGAUCAACGUUUGAAUGCGUUUUAUGCAGUUACUCAUGAUAGAGCUCUUCAACUUGUCGUAGUUCAUUCAGAAGGCAACACUCUUGCAGCUGAAACUGCAGCUCGUAACAUUGAGACAUUUCUCAGAAUCGAAAGCCUGAUCAAAGCCUCGCAAAUAUUCGCAGCUGAAUUAGCAGCGUCUUCGGGAUCUACCUCUUCAGCUUUGAUUGGCGUUUUUGCAUUUGUUUUCAUUGUCGGGAUCAUCUUUGGAUCGCUCAUGUGUACCAAGAAAAAACGUUUGUUUUACUUGCCUCCUAUUGUAGAGCAUUAUGUUCCUGAUGUAGACCUUGGGGACUGGAUUGCUUCCAUUGAACGCCGAUUUCAUAGUUUGAGGACUCGUGAAUUUGAUACAGGCACAGUUUCGUGGUCCAAACUGAGAGAUGGGGGCGGGUUGUUGGCUACUGAAGAAUUGCCAGAUAAUUCCGGAAGGGUGGGUGUUGGUGUUGAAGGAAGAGAACCCGUGAGCGUUUCAAAUCCAAUUUUUGAAGGGGGAUUUGUUGAUGUGCCUGUUUCAGGAAAUAUUCCGCUGGAUGUUGAAUUGAGUUUGUCAAAAAAGUCGCCUGUUUCAUUUGAUAAAGCUGGUGACAGCAACGAGAUACACUUUGCUGCCUCGGGAGAAUUGCCAAUGCAUGUUUUAGAUAUGAUCAUUGAGCGAGGAUUGGUUUCCGAAGUCCUAUUCUCGCAUUUCUCUGGUCCAGUGUGCAAGGAUUUUCUAAAGGGAGAGUGUAAGCGUGCUGGAAAGUGUAGAUUUCGUCACUUAACUUAUGCCGAACUAAGGGAUACAUUUGGAGCAAAACCUUCGAAGCGUUGCGAAACUUCGGAAACGUUUUCCAACGCAAAUGGGAUGAAUUGUAAUGGCACUUGCAAUUCGAAAAGUCGUCAGUCACCGUGCUUCGAAGCAAAUCCUGUGUGUUCAAGUAUGCGGCCCUACAGGUCAUUGGACAACGGUUGGAUGCCUCCUGGAGCUCCCGAACCCAAGAGAUGUCAUUACGACGCAUCAGUGACCCAAUACCACGUGCCUAUGCAUCAUCACGGGCCGUAUUCCACCACGAUGCGAUCUCUGGAGGAGGAAAACGCCAUCCUCAGCAAGAAAGUGGAGCGACUAGAACGCGAAGUUAGCGAUCUGAAAGCCACAAACGAGUUCCUGUUGGACCAAAACGCCCAAUUACGAUACUGCAAAGGUCGUGUGACGACGGUGAACUCUCUGAACACCGUUUCCGUGACCGGGGUCGCAGCCACGGCGACACCCGUGGCGUCAGUGUCGGUUCCUGCAAUCGCCCAGAUUUCGCAAACCGGUGGCCACACGGCCGCCACUACAGCAGUGGUCGCCACUCCGGCCGGAAUCGCGCCUGUGACCAUAUCCAUGUCUCAGCCUUUAACUACUCCAGGAAUGCCGACGACCGCUAUUCCCAUAAGCAUCAGUAGUGCGGUGAAUGCGAUUCAGGGUCCAGUUGUGUCUGCAGGCACGGCAACGGCUUUGGUGACUUAUCCGGCAGUUGUUGAGAACCUCACACCUCUUUCUGCGGAAGUCAUCAGCCGCCAGGCGACGAUAAACAUUGGCACGAUUGGUCAUGUGGCCCACGGGAAAUCCACGGUUGUGAAAGCCAUUUCUGGUGUGCAAACCGUUCGUUUCAAGAAUGAACUCGAGAGAAACAUUACCAUUAAACUAGGUUACGCAAAUGCGAAGAUUUACAAGUGUGACAAUGAGUCCUGUCCGCGUCCUGUGUGUUAUACUUCCGGAGGCUCCAGCAAAGAUGAUUCGUUUCCGUGCUACAGAGCCGCGUGUACGGGACGAUUCCGCGUCCAGAGGCACGUAUCUUUCGUCGACUGUCCUGGUCACGACAUUUUGAUGGCGACGAUGUUGAACGGCGCGGCCAUCAUGGACGCCGCUUUACUUCUCAUUGCUGGAAAUGAAUCUUGUCCGCAACCGCAGACGAGUGAGCAUUUGGCUGCGAUUGAAAUCAUGAAGUUGAAACACAUCAUAAUUCUGCAAAACAAAAUCGAUCUGGUGAAAGAAAGUCAAGCCAAAGAGCAGUUCGAGCAAAUCAUGAAGUUUAUCGAAGGGACCGUGGCGGACGGGGCUCCCGUCAUUCCCAUAUCCGCUCAACUCAAAUACAACAUCGAAGUUCUCUGUGAAUACAUCUGCAAGAAAAUCCCGAUCCCGAAGCGUGAUUUUUUGUCCAUGCCGAGGCUCAUUGUUAUUCGUUCAUUCGACGUGAACAAGCCCGGCAGCGAGGUUGAUGACCUGAAAGGCGGCGUAGCUGGUGGAAGUAUCCUGAAAGGCGUUCUCAAAGUCGGAAUGGAGGUCGAAGUGCGACCCGGGAUAGUUUCCAAAGACUCCGAAGGUCGACUGCUGUGUCAUCCGAUUCGUUCUUGCAUCGUUUCCUUGCUGGCUGAGCAGAAUGAGCUGGCCUACGCGGUGCCCGGUGGCCUGAUCGGCGUGGGAACCAAGAUUGACCCCACCAUUUGCCGAGCGGACAGACUCGUGGGUCAAGUGCUGGGGGCUGUCGGGGCGCUUCCGGAGAUUUACACCGAGUUGGAGAUUUCGUACCAUUUGUUGAGGCGGUUGUUGGGCGUUCGAACCGAAGGAGACAAGAAAGCUGCCAAGGUGGCGAAAUUGACGAAAGGAGAAACGCUGAUGGUGAACAUUGGCUCCCUGUCGACCGGUGGUAGGGUUUUAGCGGUGAAGGCUGAUUUAGGGAAAAUUGCUCUGUCCAACCCCGUAUGUACUGAAAUCGGAGAGAAGAUUGCAUUAUCCCGUCGAGUCGAGAAGCACUGGAGGGACGAAGAACUUGUGUUGGCGGACCUGAGGGCGUCCUGCGACUUUUCAUGGCGAGCCGCGUUUUAUUUUGAAUUCGUUCUGCCCGUGGCAAUUCACUUGAUGGCGACUGAGAAAAUUAAACCAAGUGGAAUUCAUGGUGGAUUUACUGAGUUAUUCUUCAUUUUUAUGCUGAGCAAGUGCACUGUAUUCACUGCAAGUCUACACCGCUCCGCAAUAAUUUCAAAGGAACUUACAGAAGAUGAACCUGUCAAGUUCUCCACAAGUAAGGCUGCAGCAUGGAGAGCCUCUCAAUCAUACGGUGAUCCGACGCCUCCAUCAGAAAGAGCUCCUGCUAUUCAAUCGUAUGCGGUUCUUGGCUCAUUCGCUGCAAUCCUGAUUUAUUUCUGCAUCCUCCGAGAGGAAAAUGAAACUGACAUACGGCUUAGUCAAUCAUUGUACGGUCGUAUUGACGGAAUGGAAGAGCAUCGGAUACGACUGGCGUUGCAACAACGAAAUAAUCCGGAAAAAGAACAACUGCUUUCCCGUUUGCAAGAAAUUUUGGCGGAGAAGGAACGGGACAAAAGUGGAAAUUAGUCACGAAUCUGUACUAGGUUUUAGUCUACCAGCAUUUGUAGAUAAUGUGUGCUCGCUUUGUUCGUA